AUGUCUCAACCUAUUCAUACCUUCGGAAAAGGAUGUGACCUUGCUCCUCCUGGCAGCAGCGAAGAAGCUCGCAAGCCGUGUGAUGAGAUGCCCCCAAUGCGAGCGCAAUUCUUCUAUUGUUCUCCUCUCCCCCUCGAUGAUCCUCUCACUGCUGUACCACCUCCAACGGCCGACUCCAAGAAUGUGAGGCAUCCCCCACGACCAUUCCCGAAAUGCGAUAACAAGGUGCUUCUGGAAGCAUGGCUGGGAAUGGGUUCAAAGCGGGACCGCAAAAGUCAUAAUAGGACAUGUAAGCCUAAGGUAGGGAUCGAGCCGAUAACAGACAAGAUGAUCACCAGUGCUAUCGGAUUCAAACCAAUAAUCAAACGCGAGGCUAAGGAGUUGAAGGAAUCUUUGAAGCCGACUACAAGAAAUCCCGAAAGACAACAAACAAAUACUAGAUCGGCAACGCAGCCACAGCAGGUCCAUUCCAAACUUUCAAAUAGCCAUCAAGAACUUAAGGUAGGAGAAAAGGAGGGGAAGACUCCACCCUCAACUAUUAGUUGCCCUUGCAAGGGGAGUCAUCUCUGGUGCAGAAAGAAGGCAGGGAAUUGCAAAUGUGUGUCUUGCCCCAAAGCUUCACAAGAAGUGGCUGAAGCCAAACCCCACCCACCCCAUGCAUCCGCCCCUAAGACCAAUGACAAGCCACCUGUUCCUGGGCCAGUUACCAAAUGUAAGUCUAAGGAGAAUCUUCAAGAAGAGACUUCCGAUCAUAGCAAGCGAUCCAAACACUAUGAGCACAAUUGCAAGAGAGAAAGACCUGACAGAGGAGAGUCUGAGAAGGACCCUAAACCAGAGGCAAACCCCGAACUUGAGUGUACGUGCAAUCAGUCAUCAAAAGACUCAAAUUACACAACCAGAAAAUCCAGGGAAACCAAAACAAUUUACAACCGCCCUACAGAGCCAUUUCCAGCCGAAUCACUCAAACAUGGCCAACAAGGAAAAGGAAAACCUGAAGAAUGCAAGCCACAUGUCCAUCAGCCUAAGUGUUUGUGUACCAACACCGAAUCUCACCAAGAUAGCACCGAUCAAAAGAAGAGAUCUAAGCAUUGGGAACACAAUUGUAAGAAAGGAAAGGCCGAAAGGGAAAGGUCUGAAAAAGAACUCAACUCGGAAGACGAGGCCUGUGUUGAGGAACCCGAGGAGAAGAUGCCUGUUGAGACGAAGUUGAGUGACAAAGGGAAGGGGAAGGCUGUUGCUCUCAAUGACCAAGAUGACGCGGAUCAAGUGGAAAAGACAAAGGCAUGGUUUGACGAACAGUUAAAAUCUCAGAUGGAGCCAGAUUCAACCUCGUUCUACAGAGAUCAGCGUCACCACAGCGAGAGCACCAAAUCCACAGAGGAUUCCAAAGCACACGAGAGUGAGGAAGACAUCUGCUGCGUUGAGGAUAGAAAGCAUAAUCCAGAUUCACUGAUUUCAAGAAUACCAAGCUGCUGUGAUGAUAGCAAAGCUGGUGCCAAUUCCAAGCGACAACAAUCUGAAGCCGAAACUACAUUUUCGGGCCGAUGUGAAGAAAGUAAAGGUGAUAAGGCUUCCGGGCAAGAGGAAUCAGACGCUGAAACAGAAUUUUCUGGCAUCUGUGACGGAGACAAGGCCAAAGAUCCUUCAAAGCGGAAAGAAUACGAGGCCGGGACUGUAUUCUCGGGUAGUUACGACAAGAGCAAAGAUGACAGAUCUAAGCAAGGUCACUCCGAGUCUAUAACAAGAUUUGGAAGUUGCUGUGACGAUCCCAAAUCCAAAGACAAGCAAGUUUCUGAGGGGCAAACAUCUGGGAAGCAGAUUACCGAGAGGUCUACAUUGAAAGCAUCUUCUAAAAACGUAUCGGAUAGAAGCAGACUCUUCGGUAGACGCCAGGCAGAUGGUACCGGCGAUCAAGACGAUGGACUAUAUGUCGACUCCGAUGAAGAUCUUCCUGUUGGUUACAUGGUUUCCGAUCAAGGAGAUGCUACAAAUGACAAAUGUACCUGCAAACGUCAAUCGCAAGUACCUGAGCAUGAUGUACUUGCAACUGGAAAUGGUAAUAUAUACACUAAAAGUGCAAAAACUGCCGGUUCUGGUACCACAGGAAAGCCAUUUCUGAAACUGCCUGCUCGUGGUGAAAGUCCUCAGAUGCAGAACAACACAGCAUAUGACGAUGAGCCACCCACUGAUUCUCGGAUCUCGCACGAACGCGAAUCCACAGAAGAUAUGGAGGUUGAAGGAUGCAAGGCCUAUAAACAUAAGGAGCAUGCAAAAUGCCAAGUUGACAUUCCUGUUGGGACAUGUAGGCUUCAUUUGGUCAGCUUAUCAUCUCUGAUUUUGAAGCCGAUAUACUGGUCACCUCUCAAUGAUCAGUACCCUUGUAUAUAUGGCACCUGGUUCUAUAAAGAUAACAUGUGUCCUGUAGAGUCCGCUGUCGCAAAUCAGCUAGAGAAGGGUUACAGGGAGAAUGAGUGUUGGUCUCAGACAUGGGACGAUCAGCUCAACUCUGCAAUAGAAGUUGGCGCGGAAGGCGAAGAGAAAAUCGUUCACCGCCUCUGGCCAAAAGAAAAUGAUGACAAAACUGUAGACUAUGAUCCUUCCAAACAAAUUCUCUCCGCAGAUCCACAUUGCGCCGCACGCUGUUUUCAUGGCGAAGCUGCCGCAGAAGGCAAGGUUGAAGAAUUGGAUUCAAAGCCAGGUGCAGCCACCUCGAUUGGUAAAAAGUACCCGAAUUCACAAGUCAUCUAUAAGAACUGUGAAGAAGCCUUCAUUCUGAAGCCCAGCAUUUGUCCUUCGGCUUAUUACGGACGCAGACCCCUCGCGAAAAUCAAAAGUGGGCUAUGUGUUGGUAUACCUGUCGUUCGUGGAUUCAAUCGAAAGGCUUGGAAUAAGCUUCAUCUUUCAAAGAACUCAAUGACCGCCACGAAAGUACACACCAAAAGUGCGAAGCAUAGCAAUACUGGUUUCAAUAUAUUGGAAGAGUGCCCGGCAUGUAAGGCCCAAGAUGAACCUGAAAAGGUUACUGAUUUGUGCCUGGUCAUUCAUGGCAUUGGUCAAAAACUUUCGGAGCGCAUGGAGAGCUUUAAUUUUACAUAUGCUGUGAACAGCUUCCGAUGUGAGAUGAAACGGGAACUAACAAAUGAUGAUGUGAAGAAGGUGCUUCGGGAAGACUUCUGUGGCCUUACAGUGCUUCCUGUCAACUGGCGUGCCAAUCUUUCAUUUGAAGAUGGUGGACCAAGAAAGCCUGGAGACAAAGAACGUCCAGGCUGUGAUUUCUCUCUUGACGACAUAACGCAGCCAACAAUUCCGAGAGUACGCCAGCUCAUCUCGGAUGUGAUGUUAGAUAUUCCAUACUAUAUGUCUGGACACAAGCACAAGAUGAUUGCAGCUUUGAUUGCCGAGGCCAACCGAAUAUAUCGUCUUUGGUGUAAAAAUAAUCCAGGUUUCCACAAAAAUGGUCGUGUUCACCUUAUUUCGCACUCCCUUGGUAGUGUCAUGGCGCUCGAAGUGCUAAGUAAACAGCCCACCACCUUACCAGCCGAGCUGUCGUGGAGACCCAACACCAAGUAUUUUGACUUCCAAACAACAAACUGCUUUCUCGCGGGUAGUCCAUGUGCAUUCUUCCUCCUACUCGAUAGCAAGUCUUUAGUUCCUAGGAAGGGUAUCUCUAAGCCUGGCUGUGAAUGCGAAAAUGGCAGCAGUAAAGACAUUUUCGGUGAUGCGGGUACAUUUGGAUGCUUGGCAAUAGACAACCUUUACAACAUCAUGCAUUGCAACGAUCCCAUUGCAUAUCGCUUGAACGCAUGUGUAGACUCACGAUAUGGGGCGAAUCUCAAAGAAGCGGAAGUACCGGACUCUUCUCGCAGUUUCAUGACAGCAGUAACCCAUGCUAUGAAAUCUGCUGCUGGCAUGUCUCAGGAUGAAGCGCUUCACGUUGGAGAAAUGCCUAGACCUACUUUAAUUACCAAAAUGCCAUCUCAAAUGGAAAUGGAAGUCCAUGAUUUCACGGCCGAGGAGAUGGCUGAGAAGAAAUUCUGUCAAUUGAAUGAAAAUGGUCAGGUAGAUUGGAUCUUGGGAAAUCGUCCAGGAAUGUUAGCCAACCAGUAUAUUGAUAUGUUAUCGGCUCAUAGCAGCUAUUGGAACAGUAGGGAUUUUAUCCGCUUCUUGUGCGUAGAAAUUGGAAGGAGAUCGGGGAAGAUGCAUACCUUGCCAAACAUGAGAGCGAGGAAGAAGAGCCAGAAAUAA